UGUUACGAACAAAGGCAGAGUUUCUCUGAGUGCAUUUCCAAUGCAAACACAACAGCAUUAAAAAAAACUUAAAAUCAUAUUAGCUCAACUCAUUUUCAGACAGUGGCGAGCAUUUCAACUACGGAAAAACAUAAAUUAAAGCAAAAAAACGUGCCAUUUUAGUGUGUGUCCCUUUAAAUGCAAAUGAGCUGAUGCUCCCGGCCUAAGAGGGUGGAGCUUCAAGAGCUCGUUCUCCAUCAGGAUGCACUAAUAAUGUCAGAAACUGUUAAUAACAGUUGCCUACAGAGCCAGAGAAUAUAUGCUGCAUGUAGACAGAACAGGUAUAGUUUAAUUACGGUUAUAAAUUAUGUUGUCACCUUGCUUUUAUCCACUAUUAGUACAAGCCUGUUGUACCAGACCCCGAAAACUUUACUGAUGAGUUUUAUAAAGUUUAUUGUACUUCACAAAAAAGAUGAAGCAUCCGUUUUCACUUCAGAAAAUCACUGUAAGAGCUUAAUAAAACGCAGUGCAAGAAGUGUGCAUUAAAAUAUUAUCCAUAAACUCUCUCUCUCCUUUGCAUUAUCGUCGUCAUACAGAGCAAAUUACACAAAAAACACUUGUUACAAUUAACAGUAAACAAAUAUAUACAGACCUUAUGCCUUUUCGAUGGGGGUGCUUAAUAAACUGGUAAGCUUUAUAUCCGUAAAUCUACUCCAAUGAAAUGUAAUAAAAGUGCAUGCUCUCCCCUUCAUUACUACCGUGACCAGUAUCGCUCUGGAGACUGUAAGCUGGAUCACGAACAGUUGGUAGUACACACAUUGCCAACACACAUUUAUGUUCAAACACCAUGUAAAAAUUAAUUUUGCAUAAUAGGUGCCCUUUAAGGUACUAAUAUGAACUCUUAACAUUUUGAUAGAAAUAUUUUUUAUCCAUUAAGAACAGUUAAAAUCUUAAGGUCUAGAUGAACUUUAACAAUAUAUCACAUGCAAAUGCAAUGUGUGAACUAGGAGGAUCGAACUCUGUUGUGGGAGGAUUCACACAACACUUUAUUGAUUCUGCUGUUAGAUCAGAUGCUAAACCGCUGAAGAAAAUGUUUCACAUGUUUCUUUUGUUCUGUUUGUGCUGCUGGAGUCUGACUGGUAUGUUAUUAAAGCAUUUUUAUGGCUUGUUUUUAUUUUCCAUUUCAGAGUAAAUCAGAAUUAUUUUCAUUAGCUGUUAUGUACCAAAUUAAUUUUGAAAACUGUAUGAAUAUAAUACAAUAUCUACAAAUUUUGAAUUCAGGUCUUUGUUGGGAUUAGGGUUAGAAAGUUUACAUUGACAUUUCCUGGUUUGGAAAAGGUGGUGAAGUAUAAAUCCCUACAGUGAACAUAAAUGUUCAGAAAGUGUGAACUUUCCAUUGAGCUGCUUUCAAAAAUCAGGAAAUGUUUGUCCUUUUAAAAAUUGAAUGUAAUUUCAAUCUUCAAUAAUUAUCAUGUAUUCAUUGUCAAUAAAUUAUAUAAUAUUUGUCCUCUAUACUUUAAAAGAAAUUUAAGAUUAUUGAUGUUGCUCCAAAAAGAAUUAAAUAUAGAUUAAAUCAAGGUUUAUCUAAUAAUUCUGUUGAACCAAACUUUGAAAUAAGCAGACUUGAAGUUAAACCAUCAUUAUGAUCCUAGUGUUACUUCACAUUUAAGAUAGAUUCAUUUGAACUCUGCUCCUUUAAAUUAAACUCCUUAAGGUAGUCGCAUGAAUGGAAAAGUUGUUGCUGUUUUAGGAAACUUGUUUGCUUUGAGUUUAUAUUUGGGGUAAAUGCAUUUAUAUCUUUAAUACAUUAAAUAGCCUAGAAUAUUUAGUGUGAAUAUCCAGUGGGUUUAAAGUUGAUAUUUCUGAAAUCAAUAACAAUAAUUCAUGUGGUAGAAAACACAGUUGUAUUAAGCUACUAUGAAGCAUUGUUAAAGUUUGUUAUGUAUGGUUUUCUGUCCCUUUUUCAUAAAUUAUGCUGCCAUAUUACUCCACUAAUUGCCAUCUUAAAUAUAUCUCCAAGCAAUCCAUAAGCCCUGCUUGUGUCUUUUCUGUCUGCUUGAUUCUAACAAUCACUCUGUAACAGUAGAUGGUAGCAGUUUACAGUAGAAAUUUAAAAAGACAUUUUAUAUUUUAAAUUUUGUUUUAUGUUUCUGCUGCUGUUUUCUUAACUUCACAUGUAAAUGAAGUUGAUUUCAGGCUUUAUAAACCAUCAGAGGCUUUAAUCUGUCUGUUCAUCAGGUGUGUUUGGUGAUUCAGUGUCAGUGAUGGAGGGAGAUUCUGUCACUUUAUACACUGAUCCUACUGAAAUACAUGAAGAUGACUACAUACUGUGGAGAUAUGGAGCUGAAAAGUCUCAAAUGGUUAAAUUAAAAAAAAAGAAGGAAAUCUUCUACACAUAUAAUGUUAUUGAUGGGAGAUUCAGAGACAGACUGAAGCUGGACAAUCAAACUGGAUCUCUGACCAUCACAAACAUCACAACUGAACAUGCUGGAGUUUAUCAACUAGAGAUAAAGGGAGUGAAACAAUCAUCAAAAACAUUCAGUGUUUCUGUCUAUGCUCGUCUGCCUGUUCCUGUCAUCAGCAGUAACUCUUCACAAUGUUCUUCAUCAUCAUCAAAUUGUUCAUUGGUGUGUUCAGCUGUGAAUGUGAGUCAUGUGACUCUCUCCUGGUACAAAGGAAACAGUUUAUUGUCCAGCAUCAGUGUGUCUGAUCUCAGCAUCAGUCUCUCUCUACCUCUGGAGGUGGAAUAUCAGGAUAACAACACCUACAGCUGUGUGCUGAACAAUCCCAUCAGCAACCAGACUCAACAUCUGGACAUCACUCAACUCUGUCACACAUGUGCAGUUCCUUCAGCUCCUCCAGUCUCAGUCUCUCUGAUAGUGCUGAUCUCUGCUGCUGCUGCUGGAUCUCUGUUGAUUGUUGCUGCCGUCGGGAUCUUCUGCAUCUGCAGGAAACGUAGAAAAAUUGACAAAGAAGUUGAGACUUGUGAAGUCGAGAUCACUUACGCCGAGACGACAUUCUACAAGAGAAACACACAGAAAUCGAAAGUUGAAGAGGAGAGUCAUGUGGAAUAUGCACCAAUCGCAUUCAGAAGAUGACCAAACUUCAAGGUUUUUCUAAGUAUCAGACCCUUAUUUGAUCAUUUUCAUUGGGAACCUCCUGCAACGACCUCUGACUCUGAGUCUAUGGUUGAGAUUUGGGAUUGUGAGAAUCACGUUACAUCAGGAAAUAGAUAGGACACACAGCAGGGAUCCUAAAGGGACAAAUUAUGUAAAUCAUGUGGCCCAGUGCAGCAUUUUCAUGUUUGCAGAACAUAGUUGCAAACUAGUCAUCAAAAGGUGACAAAGUGAACCCUGCCGUGGUCUCAUUUAUUUAUGUCUGUACACAACUGUGGUUUGAUCCGUUGGGUAGAUAAACAGCUUGUGCAUGAGAAUGAGUCUGCUGCUGGAUGUUGGCAUUUGAUGUCAGUUAGUGUUUGUCUGAGGUGUCAAUAAAGUAAGCGUGUGUCUGAGGCGUCAAUAACCCGUCUGUUCGAGUGUGUGACUGAGGUGUCAACAGUGUGUCGGUGCGAGUGUGUCUGAGGUGUCAGUCUGUGUGGACAGUGUCGUUGCAAGGAUUUUUGCAUUUUACUCACAUGAAACCGUUGAUUUCUGCUCUACAGGGAAGCCAUUUUACUACAUAAUACUGAACUCAUUAGUGUUGAUGUUUGACAAAAAGGUCUCUCAAGUCAAACUGUGAUAUUACUGUGAAAAAUGUAAACAUAUAUGGCAUGCAUGCUGAUCUUAUGCAGUGAUCCAGCAGUGCUACACUCUCAGGAAAAAAAAAUCUGUCAUGUGUAGCUUUUCAAGAGGUACACCAUUGUACCUUAUUUACCCCUUAUUAGUACCUAAAUGGUUGAGAAGGUCCCUUCAGUGACAUCCUGAGAGUGUCGUUUAGUUAUUUCCAGCUCAAGUGUUCUUUCUAAGCAGAACUAUUCUUGAUACCUGUUUUUCUUUCAAAUAAAUGUUAUAUCAUGCCAGUGUCUGGUUUAUUUUAAGAAUAAAUGCAAUUAUUUACAAUUCAUGAU